AUGUCAAAAACAGCACCUCUCACACUCUCCAAGCUGCUAGGGAACUUUUUCGCUUUGUUCGUUCUGUUCGUCAUAUCAUUCAUUUACUACAACGUAGUUCAUACAUUUCAUGACAGAUAUAGAGGUAAUUUUUAUUUAGAACCCAAAAUCUUUUUAUUUUUGUUCAUUUUCCACUACUUAUUAUUUAUGCUGCUUUGAUGCUUCUUCAGAGCAAUGCUAACUGACCCAGGAGUUGUCCCACCGCUAUGAGGGUUCUACAUGGGUGACUCAGAGCAAAAAAGAAGACGCUACUGUUUAAUGUGCCAUGUUUUCAAGCCAGAAAGAUCUCAUCACUGUUCAGCCUGCAACCGCUGUGUAUUGAACAUGGAUCACCACUGCCGUAAUGUUUAGUCAGCUUGGAUCAAUAACUGUGUGGGAUUUUACAAUCGCAAAUUUUUCAUUUUGCUGUUGGUCUAUGUUUUGAUUUCAACGACCCUAAUCACUAUUACUCUCUUUCCAACAGUAUAUGCAAGCGUAAAACAAAUCAUUGAAAAAAGAGAUAUUUAUGCGUAUAAAGAGGCGGCCUUGUUCUCAGCUUACCUAUUGAAUUGCUUGCUGAAUGGGGUUAUGUUCAUGUUUCUCAAGUUUCAUAUCAAACUGAUUUUUACAAACAUCACCACUAUUGAGAACAUGGAUAAGCAAAAUCUUCCGAAUUUAAUCGUAUAUAACAAAGGCUACAAGAGAAACUGGAUUCAAGUCUUUGGAAGAAAUCCUUGACUUUGGCCAUUCCCGAUGACUGGGAGAUCAGGGAAGCCAGUCGGCGACGGAGUUAUAUGGAAUGACGAAGUAGUACAGAACUUUGAUGAAGAGAUCCCUGCAAAUGAAAAUGAAGCAAGAAGGAGCUCAAGGCUCACCGGAUCUGGAGUGGCGGCUAGCCGUGAGAGAUUAGCUUCACCAGUUAGGCAGGGAAAUAGUUUAGAAGGAACUCGCAAAGAAUUUGAAAGCACUUUGGAUUCUUCGUCAAGGGUCAAAGCUGACUCGCAUCAUGUAGGAUUACUCGUAAGUCCAUAG